AUGCCACCAAAAGGUUGGAGAAAAAAUGCAGAGGGUCAAUAUCCACAGCCAAGUAGUAAGGAAGCACAAUUGAUUUCAAUAGAUGAUAUAUUGUUUCCAAGAUCCACGAUCCUGAAACUAGCCAAAAAGAUCAUCUCCGACGAUGAAAACAAUAGUUCACUGAUGACUAUAGCAAAGGAUUCACUUCUUGCUUUACAAAGAUCUGCUACGGUGUUUGUAUCGCAUAUGUUUUUUCAAGCCAGAGAAAUAUCCAAGGAAGCCAACAGGAAAACAGUGUCUGCACAAGAUAUGUUGGGAGCUUUGGAAAGAGCAGAGUUUAGUGGAUUUCUUCCUGACGUCAAAGAAAAACUUACCCAGUUUGAAUCUAUUGCUGCUGCUAAAAGACAACUGAAGGCUAAUGGCGAUGCUAAUAAAGAACAAGAAAUAGUUGAAGAAUCAGACAAGAAGAGGCUAAAGGUGAAUGAGUCGUCAGGAACAAGCGUCAGUAAGAAAAAGGAUAAUGAUGAUGAAGAUGAUGAUGAAGACGAUGAGGAUGAUGAUGAUACUAAGGAAGAUGAUAAUGAUGGAGAUGAGAAUACCAUAGCUGUUGCAAAUGGUGACGCCGAUGAUAACGAUAUGGAUAUAGAUGAUGACGAAGAAGAAGAAGACGAAGAAAACGAAGAAAACGAGGAGGAGGAGGAAGAAGAGGAAGAAGUUCCUUUAAAUCCAAUCGCUGCUUUGGCUAAAGAACAGGAAGAGUUAGAAGGAGUAGAUACCGAGGACAAGAAUACUACUACAGAUAAUGAUGAGGACGACGAUGAAGAGAACAGUUAA